AACGGAAAAGGCGACAGAGAAAGAGAAAUGCAGGAAAAUGAGUCGAAAAAUCAAGAAGCAAAAGAAGAGACGCAAGAAAACAAUGAGAGAAUACGCAGAGAAAUUUACGAUUCGAACGAGUAUAUCUCUGGUGCAAAACGCGUACAAAACGGAACAGUGCCUUUGAAUAUCUUAGAGUUUAAUCAUUCGUUUUCAUACGAUUGUCAAAAAUAUUUUAAUCUUUGUGUGGUAGAACCAAAUGUUGUUAUCUUCGCUUCCGGUAAUAUACUACAUUUCUUAAAUACAGCAACAAAUGAACUGUGGUUUAGGAGAGGAUCUACUGGUGGUGGUAUUGGACAUAUGACGAAAAAUCCUGCAUUCGAUCAUAUCGCCAUUGCGGAAAAUGGUGUGAAACCUCCAAUAAUAAUAUAUAAAUGGCCUUCAAUGAAUAUCGUGACAAUAUUACACGGUGGCACGUUGAAGCGUUACUCCCAUUUAACAUACAGUGCGGAUGGAUUAUUACUAGUGUCGCAAGGAGGAGACCCAGAUUAUAUGAUUACGCUUUGGGAUUGGCAGAGAUCUCAGAUAACAUUAAAAUGCAAAUCUUACAAUCGGGAUGUUUAUAACGUUACGAUAUCACCGUUUUUACCUGAAUAUUUUGUAACCAGUGGAUCAGGACACAUAAAAUUUUGGAAAAUUUCCAACACGUUUACCGGGUUGAAAUUAAAGGGCGAGAUUGGCAGAUUUGGCCAGACAGAGAUAUCUGACAUUAUUGGUGUAUACAUCAUGCCAGAUGGGAAGGUCGUAUCAGGCUGUGAAUGGGGGAAUAUUUUACUCUGGGAGGAAGGCUUGAUCAGUCUCGAAAUAUGUAGAAAACAUAGGCAGCCUUGUCAUGCUAAAGCAAUCACACAAUUCGAAUAUCUAAACGGAGAACUCAUAUCAGUUGGAAUGGAUGGAUGGAUUCGAGUUUGGUUCUACGAGACGAUAGAUCAAGCGGAUAUCCACGACGAGAAUCGUUUCCUAGAGAUUCAACCCGUCUAUGAAUUUCAAAUCGGUAAUGAAACGUUCAGUUCGAUGCUAAUAUGCAUAUGUAAGCAGGAGCCGGACAAUCCGGAAAGUACAUUCUGGUAUGCCCAAGAUGGAAAUGGCGGGAUAUGGUUAAUCGAUUUGCAUACGUCAAAGGCAGAGAUGCCGCGAAAGAUAUUUACGUGUCAUGCGGGAGCUGUAGUCGAUAUGGAUAAUGCAACAUGGGGACCCUUUGUAGCAACGAUUAGCAAGGUUGGGCAACUGCAUAUUUACAAUUAUAUGAAGAAGAAGUUAAUUUUGGACCAUAAGUUUCACGACAUCGGUAGCCAAGUCGUCUGGUUUCCAUGCAAGGUCGAGGCGACAGGAUCAAUGCUCGCUUGUGCUUUUGGGAGCGGUAUUAUUCGCGUGAUUUCCGUAGCAAUAUUAUUGGCUGACGCCGAAGUCGACAACGUUGACAAUGUAAAAAACGAUUAUGUCAAGUUGAUUCGGAUCAUAAGACCACACAGAAUGGCGAUAACCGCGAUGUCUCUGAAUCCAUCGUAUAGCUUGCUGGUGACCGGUAGUGAAGACUCAACUGUGUUUGGUUUCACCGUUGCGGUGAUUGACACUUAUCCCGUCAUCACACCAAUUGGCUUCAUCGAAGUGCCUUCGGGAGUCACGUGUCUCACGUGGAAACCGCAUCAUGAAACGACAUUGUUAAUUGGAUGCGUAAGAGGAGAUUGCGUAGAAGUUGUAUUACCCAGCACACCUCAACCGUACACCACCAUCUCGUACAAACUUGUUCAAUGUUUACCGAAAGUCUUCCAGUUCCAUUCCGUGAAAUCUGCUAUUCGAAGGGAAUUAAUUCGUCUGAAACGAGAAGAAGAAAGGACGGAAAGAAUAAGGAAAAGACGCGAAGAGAUGGUCCGAUUAAUGAACGAAAGCUCCGAAAUAGAGAUUAAUGAGGAAGAAUUUUUCGCGAAUAUGGACGAAGAAGAGCCGUUGCCGGAGAUAUAUGUACCGGACAUACCGAGCAGAAUAUUAAUGGCGCAAUACGUCAGGCACGACGUCAUUUGGUUGUCAAUGGCAGGAUUCGACGCGGGUUACAUGUACGAAUACCCAAGUCCAGAAGCUGUCGAAACGAUCGGCAGGGAACCCGUUAGAAGUACCGUGAUAUAUGACGCGGACGACACGGAAAUACACAGUUGCUUGUUCUACAAGCAAAGGAAAUACCUGUUCUUGGGAAUGGAACACGGACAGAUACGUGUUUGCAAAUAUAAAUCGGAGGACUACACAGAUCUGUCGGACUAUUGGAUACUUUCGAUGCACGAUAAUUACAACGGCUGCAUUCCCAAAAUGAUUCUCAGCCACGACCAGAAGAUGCUGUUCACAUGUGGAUACGAUGGGAACUUGUUUUCUUACGAGAUCAACGAUGAUACGCCACCCGAAGUGAUCGAUUUCGAGAUAGCCGAGGAGACUUCACCCUUGUCAUACGUAUCUGGUAUCGAGGAUCUCGAGGAAAUCGAUAUGCACGCGAGCCUGGAAGAGACGAUUCAAAAAGCCGAACAAGUCAGGGUUACGAACGAAGCGGAGCGAUGUAAACGACAGAUUCAGGAGAUAUUGUUCAAGUUGAGCGAGGAAUACAGCAAAAUCGUGGAAAGGAAUAACGCACUACCAAAGCUUCAUCAAAUAACUCGCGAUGAAUUGGAAUUGGAUCCGAGAAUCACGGCUAACUUGAAUCAGGAGCUGGAGGCGGAAAUGAACGCGGUGCGAGAAAAGUUCGCAUUCAAGGUGGAGAAAAGCGAAAUCGGACUGCGGAAGCUUAUGGAACAUUUUAUUCAUCCUAUCACAGGCUUGCCGUUUGUAGUCUGCAAAGUUUUACAACCAGAUCACGCGGUCCAUUCCCUGCGUCAACACGUCUUGAAUACUGACGGUAUCUUGCCGCAUUUGGACACCAUAAAACAUGUACAUACGCCUGAUAAACAAGCAAAUGGAGUCAGCAUAGCGAACGGUCCGAUGCAGCGUUAUGAAGAAGAACGAAAGGAAGAAAAAGAAACUGAGGAAGAAGCCGAGGCGGAAAGAAUGCAGGAGCAAGCAAUCGCGGAUAUCCUGAAAGACGUUGAUCAUGAAGAUAUGGAUAACAGCCAAGGAAUUCGAUUGAUUCAAAUCUUACGUAAAUAUACAUUGAGGAAGGCAAGACUGGAGGAACGUGAGAAGCAAUGGAGAGUUAUACACAAAGAGAAACCGGAUGCGUCCAUUAAUCACCUACACGAUAUAGUUGCCAUAGAGGAAGCGAAGGGAACUAUCGGCGAUUAUAAAUUAAAGACAUCGCUGACCUUUGAUUUGCUAUCGGAAGAACGGGAUGCUCUCUUUUCAAAACACAAAGAACUGUUCAACUGUUGGAAAAAGCUUUAUUAUUUGCAAGAAUCUUUUAACGGGAGAUUAAAGGCUGCGAGAACGGAGAAAGAACAUUUACAUGCGCAAAUUAUAUCCUUGAUAAAAACUCUCCGAGAAAUUCACGAUGAGAUACCACGGAAGAACAUAGAGCCCUUGCCGUUUGUCCCUAUGUUAAAUACUGACAUAGAAUUUCCUGAAAAAAAAGUGACGCUCGAAAAAUAUACGAUAAAAACAGAAAGAAUGCAACGACCGAGGCUCUCACUUAUUCCGGAGCCGAUAUUUAUUUGUCCGGACGAAGAAUACGAAGUGUUACUGCUUGAUCAAGAAUUUCCAAAAGCUGCACAUAUCUCUGGCGAAACGUUAGCGCCAUUCUUCGUCGUGCAAAAAAAAAUCAAAGUUGACUCCAACGUGCAGGAUGACAUGUCAUUGCUUUAUUUGAGCGACGAAUCCGACAGCCUGACGGAGUGGGAAAAAGAAAUGAUAGCUGCUCGUGUAUUACGCAGGACAUACGAACAAGACUGCAUAUUGCGAUACGUGCGGACCAGCUAUGAAAAUUUGGAUAAGAAGUUAGACGAAUUGGAGCACGAUCGAUUGGACAUUGUCGCUGAGAGUGUCAAUAUCAAUUUAUUCUUAUUGACACUUCGUCAGGAAUAUAUUAUACUGAGAGAAUAUGAAACAAUGGAGAAUGCGUUGCACGACCAAAUUAAUCGUAAAUUAGAAAAUGUCGCUGCGGUAAAGCAAAAAAUACAUGAGGCUACCGACAAAGCUGACGGUAAAAUGAAGGAAAUAGUAAAACUACGUAACCAGAUCAAAGAUAUUACCUCGGAAUAUAUGAGAAGCAUAAGCGAAGAUAAGUUUCGUAAUUUCCUAUGCAGGAUAUUUAAGAAAAAGUACAAAGCGUUGAAGGAAGAAGACGAAACUACCACGACAACGACUGAAACAACUUCGGAUGAAACGAACAGUGUCGAUAGCAAAGAACUAGAGUUGAUUUAUUUCGACGAAAACAUAUGCCCUCCGGGAUGUAACGAUGAAUUGUACAACAUGGCGUUUUCGAUGAGAGAGAGACGGUACAUGUACGAACGCGAAAUCAAGGAUGUGCAACACACGAUGGAAAGCCUUCAGAAAGAAGCUGAAAUUGAGGCAAAAAAGUUAAGAAUUAUAGAGAACAACCUGAAGGCGCACGAGGACGAUUUAAAAAUGUUUAUGCUCGAGAAACAAGGGAAAUUGAACGACGUAGACGUCACGGUGACAAUGAAGUUGCACCAGUUGCAGUAUCUCCAAGAGUCCGACAUGUCAGUGACCAAGAUGGAUGAUUGCGUUGUAUUCGACAAGAAAAAACUGUCCAAACUAUACGCUAGAAUACAGGAAUUACAUGAAGAAACGCUCGAAUUACACGCCAAAUACAAGCGCUCUCGGGCACACCUUCACAGAAUAAAAAUCGACUGUAAUCAUAUGAGUAUGAAUAACAAAAGCUUGAAGAGUGAGAUAAAGCAAAAGAUAAUAGACAAAUUCGGCCGGAAUGUGUCUCUGACUGAAUUGUACGAAACAAUACUGCGUCGAAUGAUGUACGAUAUCAAAGCCAACUUAAACGAGACAACGAUGCAGUUUAACAAACGGAUCAGGGAGGUCAAGGAAUGCUACGCUGAGGAAUUAAUUACUUUUAACCACAUGGUCCGAGAACACACGCAGAAGCUAAGCUUUCUGACACUUUUGGUGGAAGAACAAUCGAAGCUGAAGAAACUCUUGAGACGGCACAUUACAUCGGAUGAGGAAAUGUUGCAGCUGGAAAAGACAUACAAGGACGAUAUAAGAAAGUUGGAGAGAAUUCUCAAAAAUCAAAUGCGACAGAAACGUUUGUUUGAAGAUGACAUUAAGAAUUUCAAGUUGAAGACGAAAUCGCAACAUUCAAUCCAGUUUAGGGGUAUAAUGUCAUGGGACGAUAAAGACAUUGAGCCGAAAACGGGGGAAAAUUACGAUGAAAAUUGGCAAAACGACGAAGUAAAAUAUAUAAAAAGUGACGAAAAGCCAGAACCCUCUCUGGAUAGUGAAUAUGCAGUUGAUUAGAAAUCGAAAGAUACAAGUGCUAUGUUCACAUGGGAGAAUGGAAAUUUUUAACUGCCAAACCAAUAA